AAUUAAAAGAACAAGAAGAAGAAGAAGCCAGAGGACUGAGGAGAGAGGGAGAGAGGGGGAGAGAGAGGGAGAGAGAGAGAGAGAUGAGGGGGGAUGAAGCGAGGGUCCUGCUGGGUUUCCCUCACAAUUCCCGCCCAACUCCUUCUCAGGUCAAGGCAGCCUUCAAGAAGAAGGUAUGGGAGUCUCAUCCCGAUCUGUUUCCAGUCAAUGAAAAGCUGAAAGCCGAGUCCAGAUUUAAACGUAUCUCGGAAGCUUAUAGUUGCCUGCUUUCCGGUAAUUCUGUUGCAGGCUCGAGAGGAGAUGGUUCAAGUACAGCUACAUAUUCACGAGUCGUGAGAACUGGAGUCCCUAGGACGCAUGGAGGACGAGGAAACCGCGCGCUCAUAGGUAUUCCAUUCCUCUUCAUCAUACUCGGAACAAUUGGACUUGGAGGAUUUAAUGCUUCCAGGGCAUACAAAAAGCAGAGGGAGGACUAUCCUUCUCACAACCCAUUUCUUCCAUAAUACUGGAACACCAAGCCAAAGUUUGAUCUUGAUGAGUUACAUGGACGGACUGGAUUUUAGAUAGAGUGCUGUCUGUGCAGGAUCAUUUAGAGGAACUAUUGCGAGGAGGCAGAGUAUAUACAUCGAGUGUAAUUAUCAUUUAAUGGUUGUAAAUUGUAAACGACGACUCUUCUUGUUGAAACUUGAAAUAAUACGUAAGAGUUUCUUCCUC